UUAUUGAGCAGUAUUGCGUCAUGCUGCAAUCCUUCCCAAAACACACGUAUCAUGCUGUCAAACAAGGCGUUCUGACUGUUGUUAUUGCAGUGGUUUGGAUCUGUAUCUGUUUUGUUAAGAUAGUGGCGCAUUUGUAGUUAAUGUUAACGCACAUAUGUAUAGUUUGUUUACGCAGUCGUUCAACAUAAACAAGUAUUAUAAUUAAUAAAUACAAAUCAAUAUUACCUUCUUAUUAUUUUUUAAUGCAGAUAAACGUGGCUUUCAGCAGGUAAUACUUUUGCUUAGACAAUCAUAGUAGUACGCACGCCUUGGCAGCGCCUCUUUGGUGCAAAUGCAGUAGCUGCUCCUGCUGUGUUUACUUUAUCUUCGCAACCACCCACUUUCUCCAUUUUUGCAGACUCUGGAAUUUUAUAUAGUGACCUGGACCAAGCUGUCUGUAGGAUUGUGGGAGAACAAUUAAGAAAACAUAGAAACGAUAGAGAAAGAAAGAUCAAAUCGAUCCCCGAGCUGUGAGUCAGUGGAACUGUCAUACCGACGUUCUUAUUGGUGUCGCGUUAGCAAGACAGAGGCAGUCGCUUGCAUUUUAAUGCGCCCAGAGCCUGCUUCGCUCACAUAGACGAUCUCGUCUCUGUGAGCUCAGAUCUUAGGAAAGCGCCUCUCUCACUCUCUUUCGCUCCCUCCCGCUCUCUCUCUCUCUUCAAGCUCUUUCAUUCUCUCUCGGAGUAUCUCCUGUGGUAGGGAAAAGAAGCAGCGGGGCGGUGGCGGUCCGGGUUGAAUUGCACGCACCCACCUCAAUGAUUCACAUCAGGAGACACUGACAGACGGAUCUCCUGGUAAAGGAUAGUGCGCUGUAACCAUGACGACGGAGACGGGCGUGGAGGUGGAGGUGAAAAAAGUGGCAGAGGAGCCUCCCCAGCAGCAGGGGGCAGCGGUGAACACGCAGGAUGGCAGUAGACCCAAGCAGGGUCAUGACGGAAAGCUACCUGAAGACCGGGAUUUGGGGGAUGGAGAUGAUGUCUCAGAGAAGACCACCCCCAGCAAGAUCCCCAAAUCCCCCCAGAAAUCCUCCAAGAGGCUAAAGACCAUCCCAUUUAAAGUGACCCUGCUGGACACCUCUGAGUACGAGGGCGAGAUUGAGAAACACAGCCGAGGACAGGCUCUCCUCGACAUGGUGUGUGAGCACCUCAACCUUUUGGAGAAGGAUUACUUCGGGUUGACGUUCUGCGACACGGACAGUCAGAAGAACUGGCUGGACCCUUCAAAGGAGAUCAAGAAACAGAUGCGCACUGCCUCGUGGCAUUUUGCCUUUUCGGUCAAGUUCUAUCCACCCGACCCAUCCCAGCUAACCGAGGACAUCACCAGGUAUUACCUGUGCCUGCAGCUCCGGGAUGAUAUCCUUUCGGGUCGGCUGCCCUGCUCCUUCGUCACGCACGCUUUGUUGGGCUCAUAUGCCGUGCAGGCUGAGCUCGGAGACUUCGACCCGGAGGAGCACGGUACCGACUAUGCCAGUGACUUCCGCUUCGCCCCAAACCAGACCCGCGAGCUGGAGGAGAGGGUGAUCGAGCUGCACCGCACCUACAGGGGGAUGACACCCGCAGACGCUGAAAUCAGCUUUCUUGAAAAUGCCAAGAAGCUCUCAAUGUACGGAGUGGACCUGCACCAUGCCAAGGACUCUGAAGGCAUUGACAUCAUGCUGGGGGUCUGCGCCAAUGGGCUGCUCAUCUAUCGGGACCGACUGCGGAUCAAUCGCUUCGCCUGGCCCAAGAUCCUCAAGAUCUCCUACAAGAGGAGCAACUUCUACAUCAAGAUCCGGCCCGGAGAGUAUGAGCAGUUUGAGAGCACCAUUGGCUUCAAGUUGCCAAACCACCGGGCUGCCAAGCGUCUCUGGAAGGUCUGCAUUGAGCACCACACCUUCUUUAGGCUGGUGUCCCCCGAGCCACCUCCCAAAGGAUUCCUGGUAACGGGCUCCAAGUUCCGAUACAGCGGGCGGACACAGACCCAAACGCGGCAGGCCAGCGCCCUCAUCGACAGGCCGGCCCCUACAUUCGAGAGGUCAGCCAGCAAGAAGUACCUGCUGUCACGCAGCAUGGAUGGAGAGUUCUCCCGCCCAGCCUCUGUCCUCGGAGAGAACCGCGAGGGAGUGGCGCAGCGCAGCGCCAGCGAGAGGCAGCGGAGACGAUCGGGAGACGAGCAGGACGAGGAGGGUUCCUACAGAGCCACCUCGCCCACCAAGAUCAAAGAGUUCAAGAAGGAGGAUAUGGAGGGCGAGUCUCCAGCCGACAAACAGGAGUCGGAUCAGGAGUCCACCCCCCAACACAAACAAGAGUUCCAGGACAAGACAGAGGAUGUGUUGCUGAAGCACCAGGCCAGCAUCAACGAGCUGAAGAGGGCCUUGAAGGAACCCAACAGCAAGCUGGUCCACCGGGAAAAACGGCUUUCCGCCACCUCCCAGAAAUACGGGGGCUCACCUGGGACCACGCCGGAGAAGAAGCCUGCGUCGGGAGAAGAGGGGAGGGAGGAGCCUGUGGCCACUGCUCUAGAAGGCUUCACCCAGAAGACUGUGGUAUCUUCGCCCGAGGGCUCUGAGGAGUGGGUAUUUAUUGAAAAGCAUAUCUCCAGCCAAGAGGAGCUGGCUGUUGCAUUGAAAGAUAAGAAGGAAAAGUCUUCUGCUCAUGAUCAGGAGCAAGCUGUAGACUCCCUAUACAGAACAGAGGAGGAAAACCCUGCUGUGGUAAGCUCACAGGAGGAGGCUGUUCAAGAAUCGGGAGACACUCAAGAGGGCAAGGAUAUGAUGGAGGACCAGGAUGCUGCAGAAGAGACAGUGGUUCAGGAAACUUUGGAUGAGAAAGUACUGACCGAUGAAGAAGCCCCUUCAGCACAAGAAUCUGGAGCAGAAUCAUCCAAACCACAGAAUCUUGAAAAAAAACUAGAUGACACUGUAGCUGUCUGUCAAGAGGGAAAUCAAGCCCAACAUUCUUUGGGUGAAUCUGUAAAAGAGAAGCAAGACAAUAAGACACAGCUAACUCAGGACUCUGGAGGUGUUUCUGAAAUCGAGGCUGACUCCUCGGUCUUGGAAACCCAAGAUGAACGACAGACUGACUCUGUUCGAGUCCAGAGGGAGCCGAGACCACAAAGUCUCAACCUUGGGAAUCCUGCAGACCUGUUUUAUGAGACAGAGCAACCACACACUGGAGAGGAAAAUAAGGAUCUGGAGAGUGACGAAGAAACACCACCAGAUGAAAUAAACAAUGAAGGAAAUGAAGCUGAAGAAUAUAGGUCAGACUUUCAGGAGACGAUGACUGUUUCAUCAGAACCGUACUUGCAAAUGGAAGAAGUGGAGAGACCAAAGUCACCUUCUUCCCCAGAAAAGCUGACUUCCUUCCUCCAAAAUGCAACAGAGGUGCAAUCAAAGCCAAAAUCAGAACCUCCAGAUUCUAGGCCAUCCUUAAAGCAAGAAGAGACAAGCCCUAAUAAAGUUAAAGGGGAUGAACUAGCUCCCUUUCUGAAUGAGGAGGAAGCAAAAGUAGGAGUUGGCGACCGUGGAAAAUCUGAAACUGAGGAAGAUGAGAAAAAGACAGUUACCGUGACAGAGGAAAAAUCUUUAAUUAAAACAUGCUCCGUUCUGAGUGUGACAGAACUCUCCAAAGACACAGAGAAAACAGUUUUUCCAGAUGGGGAGGAAAUCCAAAAAGUAGAGGACAAAACGAUAGAAAAGAGGAUUAGUCACCAAGCAGACAACGGAGCAGACUCAACCGGGUCUACAGGAGCUGCCGAGGCAGAGGCGCAAAUGGAUCUUGAGCCAAAGCAACCAGAAACUAUUGAACUGACUGCGCCUACAGUAGCUGAGGAAGAAACAUCAGAGAAAGACUUUCCUGUAAACGAUAAAUCUGAGAAGCCAGAGCCUCUGAACAAAGAAAAAGCAGAAGACUCCUUCACAGAGGAACAGUCUUCUGAAGCUGAAAAAAAAGCACUCAAAAGACAAGAGAGUUCAAAAGAAAAAUCUCCUGGAAAUGAUGAGGGACGGACUACCAUUAGAGAGCAGGUAGAAGAGGGCCCAGUCAUCCUAUUUCCGGAGACAGACAUAAGGUGUGAAGCUGAUGGUGAAGAGGCAAAGGAAGACAGGUCUUCCGAACUCGCAGAACCAGGAGCAAAAGAAUCCAGAAAAGUAGGAGAUGGUGAAUAUAAGAAAGGAGACUCAGAAUUAAAACCAGGUGAGGACGACAGUCAGAUUACUGCCCUGGAAAGUGAGAGCCAGGGACCAGGUGCAGAAAGCAAUCUGGACCGUUCUGGAAAGGACGAUUCAAGUUUGUGUGAAAGAAAAUCAAAUGAGUUGAUACCAGAUAGCAGGAAGCUAGACGAGGAGACAUCUGGUUUCCACACACCUGACCCAAGCCUAGUUGCUGUUGCCACCCUAACUACUCAGGAAAGCAAACAGAAGGCUAGCGACCAACAUAGUCAUGACAAACCUGAGGAACAUGCUGGCAAGUCAACCCAUGGGACCGAAGAAAUGGAGAAAGGGGAGACUGGAGAGACUGUGGAUGCGGGGAAAGAUCUUGAGUCUGAACAAAAAAAUCAACCGGAUGAACAGGCUGACAAAAAAGCACAGGACACCCAGUGCUCAGACACCAAGACAGAGACAGCCCGUACAGAUGUGCCAGAGUUUCGGGCAAAACCAGUAAAGCGCCAGGGGCCUGCCGUGCCCCCCAGACCCAGCCGAACUUUCCCCAAGGACCCUGGCCCGGAAGUGGCAAAGAAGAAACACGUGGAGCCCCUCGCCACACCCGCCAUUCAUGAAGAAGCACUUGACGAAUCACAGAGAGAGCCGUGGGAGCGGCGGCUGGGCUCGGCCUCAGAGGAUGACCAGGAGAGGGAGACGUUGUACCUGAAGGAGACACACCUUGGCAUUGAGCGCAAGUGCUCCAGCAUCACUGUCAGCUCCACCUCCAGCCUGGAGGCCGAGGUGGACUUCACCGUCAUCAUGGACCUUCACACCGGCGUGGAGGAGUUCUCCAAGGGCAUGUCGGAGCUGGGGGGGCGGGACAGGCUGCCUGAGGUGGACCGGGACGACUUUGAGGAGACCUCUUGCUUCUUCUCGGCCAGGCUCAUGUCUACCCAGGAGAAACCUCCAGAGGAGAUGCAAGGCAAAGGCUUAGAAGAUCUGUCACACCACGAGCCACUAGACACAAAGAACAAAACUACUGUUGUGAGCACUGCGCCGUCCCUCAAAAAGACAGACGCCAAGGCUGAAGAGCCUUCUACUGAAGCUUCCGUUGUAUCCCAAACCAAGACUACAAAAACAGAGGCAACUGAGCAGGUGAUGGGGAACAGCUGCACUGGCAAGGAGACCGCGACAGUGCCCCGGACAGUCACAACACUGGCAUCCGUGUCACCGAAUCACAGUGUCGUCACUGGAAAAGAGGCUCCUCCCAGCCCCCAGCCUGCGCCCCCUGAGACCAGCUCGCCUGUGAAAACUGGUACCCUUGGGAGGGCGGUGGGAACUGUCACCACGGAAACAGUUUCCUCAGCAACCACUACACACGUUACCAAGACAGUGAAAGGCGGGUUCUCAGAGACCAGGAUUGAGAAGAGGAUUAUCAUCACUGGAGAUGACGAUGUGGAUCAGGACCAGGUCCUCGCCAUGGCAAUUCAGGAGGCCAAGCAGCAGCAUCCAGACAUGCUGGUUACCAAGGCAGUGGUUGUCAGGGAAACAGAAUCCUCUUCUCUGGAGAAACAAAGGAAAUCACAGUCCUGAUCUCUGUCAGCUUGCUCUGGAGACCAGGGCUCCAGUAGGGAAGGGGACCGGAGGGGAUUCUCGCCUGCUAUUGCCCACCUCUGCCCCUGAGCCCCCGGCUGCUUCGAAACAUCACCACAACACGCCGGCAAACAAAGAAAGACAGAGAAACCGAACAAAACCACAAGAGGACAACUUUAACCAAACGAAUAAAAACAACCACAAAAAACACUGAACCCACGGCUGCUGUUUUACCUGCCAACACUCUUCCUCAACCCUCCCCAGCCCCCAGCCCCCUCCAGCACUGCCCCACAUCCGCCUGUGAGUGCACACAGGAUCUUCAUGACUGGCCAGUGCAUGUAAAAACCUGCAGAGCUUCCAACAGGGAUGUGCCAUUGCACCUGCUAUAGAUAGCCUUGUGGAAACCCAGCUGAGUUUGUCAAGCACUUUGUCAGUUUAGCCAUAGCUAUUGCGGGCUUAACAUAAGCUUAACCGGCGUUUUGGGACACAACAUGAGAGAUCCAGACCAGAGACCAGUUCAACAGGGCUACAGGAUUAAGAUUUGUGCAAAAAGUGCCCCCUACAGGUGAAGUGAAACCCACAUACCCUUUAACCUGAAAGAUCAGUCAGCCCACCAGGUGAGAAUGAUUAUUGAAACAGUUUUAUAAAGGCAAGCCCCUUACUGUCUUCCACCUCUAGGGGGAAGUAUAAACCCUGGCCUGACUCCUGUAGCCCUGUCUAAGUGCUUGCACACCUGCUUGUACAGCUUCACCAGUAGGAGGCAGUAAACAUUAGGCGUGGAUCUCUACGUUUAUUUGUUUUUCAGUACAUAGUUUACACCACUACCUCUGUUUUCAUCCCCCAGUUCCAUCAAGCACAGGUUAUAAACUGGAGCCGUUCUAGCAUUGUGUUGUGGGAAAAUAUUAAAAGCUCUCCCAAGAACUGCAGCUUGAAGAGGGAGGCAUGAAAGGACUGCAGUGGCACAGCUAAAAAAAACAAAGGGCAAAAACAAGGCAUUGUAGGACUGAAUCCCCCUUUUACAAGAUGAACUCCUGGGCUUGCAAAUCACACUGUUCAGCAGGAUUUAAUCACAGAAAUCAACUCCGGGACCCGUUCUCCUGUACAGUGAGCAGGCUGAAAUUUAAAAGAAAUACCGCGGGCUCACCUCCUGGUUUCCUAACCCUGCCUCUUAUCAUUUUCUAUGACGAUCAGUCACGUAGUAUCAUUAAAGCAAAAUGGGUUUAAUAGGUGAGUUUUCUGAAAUGCUACACUAUUGAAAUGUGAGAUUUUUUUCUUUCUUUCUUUGUUUUUAAAUUAUGUUGUAUGAAUUUACUUGUGUAUUUAUAUGAGAAUGGUGAAUGCGAGUUUGCUGGGGCUUUCUUUCCCUAAAAGCGAGUGCAGGAUUUGGCAUCAGGAUAAAAGUGAAUCAUGUAGCAGCAUGGAGCAGGUGGGGUUUGUGUGGCAUUGAAAAGGCGAUGGCCUGACUGAAUGCCACAUGAAACUGGGACUGCAACACUGAAUACAUGGACUAUAGGGGAGGUUUGCACUGAGCAGAACUGUGCUUUUCAUUAUCAUGACUGGGGAAUAUACAGUGAGGCAGUUACUUGCUUGGGCUUUAGAGUGAAUGCUAUUGUAGAACAUACAGCAAUAGGCUUUACAAGAUCCAUAGGAACUACAACUUGAGAUCAGUGUAAGCGCGGCUAUGGAAGGUCUAGCAAUAACUGUGAAAAGAGAUUUAAUAUCGCAUCUGCAGUAUAUCGCCUAAAGGUUGCCCAUAGUGUUACCCUGGUGUUUACUGUGACACUAGAUUUAUUACAGUAUCUAGCUUUUUUCUCUCGCCUCUUUCUUGCACCUGAUUAGGGAAGGGAAAGACAAGCUCAGCACCACUGCUGUUUAACUGGUUUAGUUUUGUUUCUGAUGUUUUUUUUUAUUUGUGUUUUUUGAUUUUUUUUGUUUGAUUUAUUUUACAUUUUGUCCUCUUACUGCUGGAGUUUGUGGCUCGUGUGUGUUACGUGAACGGUUUUAUAGUUAAUGCCAGCAAUGGUAAAUGCAAAAGGGGUCUCCAGCCAAUGCCACCCAGAUCAAUAAAAUCCAACCCUCUCCUAACUCACAGCCCCCAGAUCAGGGUUCUGCAAAUAAUCAAUUACUUUAAAAAAUGAUACACUUAAGAAAACAACCAAUUACUAGGGUCCUUAAUGCUAACAGUGUUCUCUAACGGUAAGCCCAACUGUGCCCCCUGCUGGUGAUAACUGUCCUUCUUUCAGCAAUGCUCAGCCUGGGAGCUAAAGGAAUGCUAUUUAAUUGAUUAAAAUGGAUAACCAGAGAAAUCUCUUAAUUUUCAUUCACGGUUGUCCUUUUUUAUUAUUAGCAACCAGGAGUGUCUUUUAAGUGUAAUUCAUAUCUAUGAAUCAAUAUCUGUCACAAGAUAUUGAUUCGAAAAAGCAGUCCCUAAAUUAUAUGAUCCCUUAAAAAAAAAAAAAAAAGACAAACUUAAUUUGUAAGACCUUAAGUCCUGGUUCCCCCAGGAGAGUUGGCCCUUACUGCAGCGUAUGGUAAAAGCAUAGGAACGUUGGGAAGGCUACAUGGUAAAGCAAAAAGAAAACUGUAAAAUCACCAAGCAAGCUGACCCACGUAAACAUCUCCAAUGGGAAGCCUGUCUUUACCAUUGCUGGCAGUGCUGGAAGCAAGAGCUUUGUGCACUGCGUCCUGGAAGCAGUCGAACCGCAGUCUGACCCUCCUUGCUUUGUGCACGGCUAGUAGGAGCACUUACUCAACCCCCACUCCUGCUCUUUGCUCUACAUUGCCCCCUAGUGCUUGGUGGUGUGUGCUUGCUGUAUUUGUAUUUGGUCAAAGUGAAAUAAAUGUCUCAGUGCAAUUCA